GUCGAAUGCGCUAGGGCCACCGUGCGCGCGAUUGGUGCUUGUCCCCCUUGCAGAGUUUGUAAUUUUGGGAUUGGCCCUACUUGGACCUCUAGCCAUCAAGGGCUUUGAACGGCGUUGGAUACAAAUUUGGAUCCUUGCUGCGGAAGCGCCUGCAGCCAUUCUAAAAAGAUGCCGCCGAUACGCCCCCACCUCUCCAUCACGCUGCCACGCAGCUUCACAUUCCACUACACCGACGGCCAACCCCCAAAGACUCCCGAGCCCGAAGAACGUACAGAGAACACACAACCCCCAGAGCCUCCGGAGCCCCCUAGACAAACCUACCGUGUGCGCCGACGCCGCGCCGUUAUUCCGCCAUAUGCCAACCAGCCUGACUACCCACAGGAAUCCUACGAGAAACCCAUACCCACAAUUGAAGGACCCAUCUUCACCAGCGAUGACUUUGUAGGUCUCCCGGAGCCCUCACCUGAGCCGGUUGAAGGAUUCCUUGCUCCUGCGCCGUCCUUUGCACGUUUGAUGUCCCCGCCCAAGACUCCAGUGAGACAAGUGCUGGGAGAGUCGCGUAGCGGGCCGCAUGAUUGGGAUGAUAUGGACAGUUUCAGCCGCGGUGACAGUAUCAGCAGACCCUCGUCUUCAUGCUCUGGAGUCUCGGACUCUUCUGUCUCUUCACGCAAUAGUGUAGAGUCUUUCCCGUCGUUUGGAGGAAGCUGUACAAGCCCUGAAAGCGAUGCUGCAGACCCCUUUACUUAUGAAUCUUCGAGCAUGAAAUACAACCUUCAGUCGUCGCCGCUGGACUCCUACCAGCAACACAACGGCCAGCAUCCCCAGCAGCGGAAGACUGUCUGGACCGAAGAGUUAGACAACCAUCUCUGGAUGUCGUACAUGCGAUAUCUUCAGGACCCCACGGUAACGCCAUUCAAGAUGCUUCCAGGAACAGCGCCGCCGCUUGGAGUUUGCCAUCGAGUCGUACGAAACGCCAAGCAGACUUGGAAGGGCUCUCGCGUCCAUCUAGCGUCCAGUGGCCGAUCCGUACCACCUGUAGGAGGUUCAGGUUCUCCUGAUACCAUCAAAGCUUCAAAGAGCGGAAGCAACACCCCUACCGGCUUGAAUAUCCCCAAAUCCUAUCCGAAAUGGCCUCGAUCAGAUGGUCCGAGUCGAAGACGACUUCGAAAACUGUGCAAGAGGAAGCCGUCGCUAUCGGCUCAUUAUCAACGACUGCUGCAUUGCAGAUCUCCGUCGCCUUUCCCGUCUUCGCCGCGUUCCAGCGUAGAGCCGGCUGGUGGAUUGUCUUCGCCGUUUAGCGAGCACAUGGCCAGUUUCUCGACUCGUGACAUGAACAUCUCCCUUUCAACCAGUACGGCAUCGACGAUGCAGUACGGCAAUCCCCUCUCGCAGCUCACGAAUGACAGCACACCUCGACAGGAAGAUUGGUUCAACCAGCCACCGGCACGAUCUUCCGCUCAUCAAAAGAGCCAGUCUCUUCAUUUCGGCCUCGGCCUGAGUAACAAUAUGAUGGGCUCAUCUUUCUCUUCCAUGUCUCAGAUUACUCGUGCGCCUGUCGCAUCGUCCACCCAUGAGCCACAUUCAACUAUGCCGCCGCCUUCGCUUACACAACCACCUCGAUUAGCACCUCCAGUCGAACUUCACGCACCUAACCCGCUCCCACGAUCAUUCAAGCGCCGGGCUUUCCAUCAGCCCUCGGAAGAUGGUAGAUAUAGACGGGAUUCCAGAGUCAACAAAGCCCUUAUUCAGGAUCUCUUUGGUGCUCCCGCCGAGAGUAGCCACCGCCGUGUCCGUAGUCGUGGCUUCAGCCUGGGUGACAUGGGCGAAGGCGCUCGGCGUCUAUCCUCGAUGUUCACGCCUCCCUCGGAACUACAUCAAAUGACUACCCAAGCGAUGGACGAACCAGUUCCUACCCCCGAGUCCGUGCCUCCUCAUCCGACAAUUCGACUGGGCUCUCCUUUUGGGGGACGCUCGAGCAAUGUACAUUUCAACAACACCUUCCCACGUAACUUCACGCCACACGGAUUCGAACCCGUUACCUCUUUCGAAGACCGACUUGGUGAAACGUCAGGUGGCUCUUCCUACGUGAACUCGAAAGACGAGAUGCAGACUCAGAACUAGUCCACUCCACUCCUGUCUCCUCCUCUCAGGGUCUACCUCACAGGACCACAAUUGCAUUUCGGGCGUUUGUUUUGCGUUAGCCACGAGCGAGCGAGCAUUAUUGCAUAACCUGUGUUCUUGACACUCAAAAUUCACCGACUCGGGGAUCCACUGGACCCGGUCCUGCAUUUACGACACUACAAAAAGCUUUUUCCAUCUUGUGGAUGUUUACUAUGCUGAGAAUCUGCAUACCUUUUCCAGAUCGUCUCGGCCUUCGUCUCUUUUGUACAAUUCACUUCUCUGAACCACUUUUUGUGCGCGUGG